AUGUUGCAUUCAGAUGUGGAGGCUCGCAUCGGAGCACACCUUAUAUUUUCCAUUCUUCUUUUUCCAAGUUCCUUCCAUACGAAUGAGAUUUCCUCUCUGCGGUGCAGAUAUCUAGGUCAACACAACAAAAGGCAUUCUCAUGCUGCAUCUGUGUCUGCAUCUGCUUCAAUUACAGCUUUACUUGAAAAGCUCUGCAGAAACAGAAACACCAAGGCAGAAAAUCAUGGGAAUAUUGUUCAUGAUCAAGAAAGGGAUAUUGUGGCAGAAGACUGGAAGCAGGGCUGUGGCUUAAAGAAUUCCCCUAACUUUUACAAACUCACUUCUAUCAUUGAUAAGGAACCAUAUGUUAUGAAACUAACUGAAGAUCAAAUGGCCCAGCUGCUUUCUGCCUUUUGGAUUCAAGCCAAUCUUCCUGAUAAUUUACCUUCAAAUAUUGAAGCUAUAGCUCAUUCAUUCAUAUUGACACUAACUGUCUUACGCAUAAAGAACCUGAAAGACAGAGAUAGCCUGGUGAUCCGCUUCUUCCAGCUUCCUCUGUCUCUCUGGACUAUGUUGUUGGACCAAAGCAAUGGAAUAUUGUCCCCGGCUUGUCAGAGGUCUGUCUAUGUAUUGUCUGCUGGCAUGUUGUCCUUUGCCUGCAAAAUAUAUCAGAUUCCUGAUCUGAAUGAUGUGUUUGCAUCAUUGCCAAUGUCUGGUGUUGAUCCCUCAAAUUCAGCAGGUGAAGAUGACACAAUCAGUGAAGCAUCUGUCUCUGACCUUUCUCGAUUUAUUCCAAAGAUGCCUCUAUCCCCUUCCGCACCUCAUGUUAUCAGCAUUGGACAACUUAUGGAAUCGGCAUUAGAGGUAGCUGGUCAAGUGGCAGGGACAGCUAUCUCCACUUCGCCCCUUCCAUACAACACCAUGGCUAGCCAGUGUGAAUCACUCGGUACAUGUGUAAGGAAAAAGCUUUCAAAUUGGCUGGCCUUUGAGAAUCAUUACAGCCAAACACCUGAUGAUAAAUCGUUUUUGGCAAUUGCUGAUAUUAGGAACUCAGCAUCUGAGAAGGUGACAAAUGGUGGUGGGCAUGCCCAAUUGCCAAGGGACCCCAUGAAGCUGCCUCCUGCUAGCCCCUUUGACAAUUUCCUCAAGGCUGCUGGGUGUUAGAUUAGGUGGUUUCAUGCUUACAUCUUUCUGCUAUGUAUAGUUCUAAUGUUAAAUGUUCUUUCCAGACAUGAGUUUCUAGGGUCUAUAUCCUUGUAAGGACUAGUAGGUAGUUCCAGUACUUUGACUUCAGUGAUCAGUGAUAUAUAUAAUUGUAGAAUGACAAUUUCUCUACUGAACUGUUCAAGACUUUAUGGUAUACAGAGCCUGGAACUGUUUAAAGUGGGGGCCAGUGCUGCAUGCCUUCCCUACACACUGUUUUGGAGUCAAUUGCACUGGCAAUUUGCUAUUUUGUGAAAAUCCAGUGUAUAAUGGCACUGGCACUGCCACACUCUGGUGGGCACUACCUGUUCGUGGAGGGUUAUUAUUGGUUGCACGUGUUGCCCAAGUCAAAAUCUGCCACAAUGCAUACAUAAAGGGGAUUAGGAUCAGGUCCACUUUGGAAGUAUAAAGUUCAAUUUUUAUUUUAUAGUUAAAACAAUUUUCAAUUUGGAUUUUAAAACUACAUGUAUGAUAUUGGUCUUUUGAAAUUUGACAUUAAAUUAGUUCUUUGAAAA